AUGGGCCCCCCCCCCCCCCCCCCCCCGAAGGACUCAAUGGGCACCCACCACCCGAUCUGAGAGUCCUCUCAUAUAAAACCAGUUCAGGUCCCGCCAUCGCCCUCCAUUCCUUCAUCUUCUCUCACUUUCCUUCUUCCACUUCCUCCAUGCUCAUUGCGAGAGUAGGCCAUUCCCAUUCUCCGUCGACCCCUCUCGCCCGUUAGAUCCAGCUUUUGCCGUCCUUGAAACUCCUCACAGCGGAUCGCCACAACUCCAUUUGCCCUACGGCCACCGACUGUUUCGGUCCUUCUACCCAUCUCAGUGGCAGUCACCGAAGAUGGGCAGGAAAAGGACCGCAGAGGAGAGAAGAAGAUGCGCUGAGGAGAAUGGCUUCAAUGACGAUGACACGGAUGUUGACGAUAAUCCUAUCCCACGAGAUGUCUUGGAUUACACAAAGGGACGAUACGAUGUGCAAAUGGAGCUGUGGCUUGAGUACAAAACGACACACCCCGAAGCCACUCCCCACAGCUUGAAAACUCUGAAGCAUUUCGCCGAGUUUAUGGCCAACUCCAUCAAAGGAUUGCUCGAUCCAAAUGGCAAACCGACUGUUCAAACCGUACGGAACUACUUCCGAUGCUUUGUCUCCGGUUGGAAUAUAGACAAUCCCAAGUCCUUGAUUUCGAGAGACCAUACAGAUUCCAUCACCAAUUACAUCAAGGGGCCAUUGAAAAAGAAACUCGGCUUGUCAACGGCCACGAGGCCAAGGACCUACCUCACACUCGAGAACUACAUGUACAUGGAGAGACAGCUCUGGCAGAGUGACGGGCAUGAAUAUGUCCACGACGGAUACCGGGUGUCCAUCAGUGCCAAGCUGGAGUGCCAUGUUUUCACCUCAGCCAGAGUAGGCGAGAUCAGCGAGGGAUCUACUCGGAGAGGAACCGGCAGAGGGCUGCGUUACAAGGAUACGGAAAUGCUGGUCGCAUGGAAGGAUGGCGAGCCAGAAUUACGUUACAGCCUGAAGAGAGAAUUUGCGAAAGGAAUGCAUGACAAGGAACAGCAGAGGCCAACACACAUCUUGUACGAGCAUUUGCCCGACCAACCUCUCAUUGUCAAUCCAAUGCUCUUCAUGCUCGCCAUAUUCCUGGCGGCGGGAGCAUUCAAAAAGUACGACACUGUCGAACAGGUGUUGGCCGUCGAACCACCAGCGGAUCAAAAGUACUGGGUUCUUGAAUGGGCCGAUCACGUCCUAGAUCUCCCUGUCUUCCCGGAAAUGUCGGCAGACGGUCCGACUCAGAAGAUCCAAUCAGCUUCUGCGUUCUGCACGCAGGUCAGGGAGCUGUCACUGCGAGCAGGAAUGGAACAGCCCGUGACAGUACACGGCAUCCGUCGGGAAAGCCUUAUCCAAGCUACAAGCAAUGGCUAUUCAAAAGACGAGCUGAUGAAGUUUGCCGCACACACGAACCAGAUGACCAUGACUAGAGACUAUUUGAGCUCUAUCACUGUCGUGGAUGGUCUGGGAGGCUUCCUCAAACUGCCUGUUCGAAGCGACCAAGCCGAGGACUUCCGGUCUAUGACUGUGAAGAGAAACCCUGAGCUUUUCCUGUCGUUGCCUGCAAAGACACAGGACGAGCUGAGACAGAGGGAAGAUUACGUCACCAUCACGAAGAAGCUCGAGGGUCUCUCUUUUGAGACAAAUGCCGAAACGCGAACGGCUGUUAGGAAUCAGCUUCUCAAGCAACGGCGCAUGCUUGAGAAAGAAGAGCUGAACAGAGUCCGCAGUACCCAGGACCGGAUGCACCCGGCAGAGCGCGAAGGGAAAGGGAAGUAUCAUGUGGACCAGGACCGUUCCUGGUUCGAUCGCCUUCGACACAUGAUGCCAGAACGCGAAAGGCUCUCACAUACACUCUUCUGCGUUUCUCCGCUACGGAGCUCGGAGGGUGUAUCGGCUGUUAAGGAUCUUCUUUCUCUUCUGAAGAGCAACUGCCGAGUUGCUUAUCAACCGUCACUCCGGCCGCGGCAGGGCAAAUGUUCAGUGCCACAUUGUGGAGUGGACCUCGAACGAUGGAAGCACGUCUUCGAAUGCUCUAUGGCGUACCACAAGGGAGGACACAAGUUCGUCGAAUUUUGCUCUAUAUGUCACUAUGCAGUGGUAGGCCUAAAGUUCCGCCGAGCCAUCGUUUACGCCGGAAGAUGCAUGACAUGCAUGCACAACGAACGACUGCCUCCCUCUCGACGGCUGUACGGUUUCAGGAAGCAAGUGAGCUGGGAGAAACACAUCAACGAUUGCUUCCCUACAUAUUUGGGGAAGCUUGGUACGGCGAAGGUGCUUCCGUGUCCUGACCCCAAUUGCUCCACAGCAUACGAGUCAGAGCAGGACUUAUGGUAUCAUCUCCAAGAUGCCCACAGCUAUCCCGCCCGAAGCGUCGGGACGAAGACCGAAAAAGAACGGGAUAUCUUUGUGGAUGGGGGACGUUCCCCUGUCGAGAAAAAGCGGCGCCGAGUUCACGUCGAGAAAGAUAUUGGCAGCUUCAAGUCGGCAUCAACGGGAAGCAUCAAGCCAGAGGCCAGAUCCAUUUGGCCAACACCAAUUCCUUCCAGCCCUUGCAGCAGUGGUCCGGAAACAAGCAUCGACUCCUCCGGCACCGGUACGCCUCAGUCCUCAGUCUUUGACGUCGAUUCUCUUCCUGAAGUAUCCCCGUCAAUCGCGUCGAUUUCAUCACCAUCUCUCAGCUUCGCUGAUGGGGAGAACCUUUGCGUCAACGAGCACACCACAUCUCCGUCUUCGUCUUCAUGGUCACCCAAUGGUCCUAAUGCAUGGGGCUGGGCGGAGGGACGAGCAUGUCAAGCCGAUACAGCGCUGUCUUUCAUCUGUCAUGACACGUUUCAAACGACGCUCGAGGAUAGACGUGAGGGGAGUCUGUCUGAUAUUCAGCCGCCCCUCUCUCAGAUCUCCGGUCCUGUCGAUUCGACGGAUACCAUUGCUGCACAUGGGAACCAAGGCGCAUUUCCGGGACAAUGGGCAAAUGAAAGCUUACGGGCUACUCCACUCUUGUCUACAGCCCCCAUGGAGUUGGUCGAUCCGGAGCUUGGAACUGACAUAUCCUCUGCCGAGCACAUGGAAGGAGUGGUGACAGAGUCACCUUCAGUGGGCCAAGGAGGUAGUGACGAUGGCGGGGCCCUCAAACCUGCCGCAAUCGACGAGGAUGACGACAUAUGGGAGGUCGAGGCAUUGCUUGCUAAAUGGAAGCAAGGGAGAAAAGUUCUGUACCUUGUGAAGUGGAAAGGCUUCUCUGAUGAAGCUAACUCGUGGGAGAAACGAAAGGACAUAAGCACUGAGUUGGUCGAUAAGUUCGACACCGCCUACUCGGAGUACGGAGGAAACCAUUUGGGGGUGGAAUUGCUCGACAAACGGAUACAUCAGGGAAGGGCUGAAUACUUUGUGAGGUGGAAGGGACGUCCUGCUUCCGAAAAUUCUUGGGAGAAGGAAUCAACCAUAAGCUAUGAGCGCAUUGGUGAGUUUGAGGCGCGCAGGAGAGGGAAGGUGUUAGAGUUUUGA